UCCCCUGCGCUUCCACUCGGUCCUCUUAGGAAACGGACACCGUAGAGGACACUUUAAACAUGGAGACCGCAGGUUCAGAGCCUGGCGAGCCUUCUCCACUAGAGGCUGUAGGGUCCCCGGACGAUAGGCUCUUCCUGAUUAAAGGUGGAAUAUUCCUUGGGUCUGCAGCAGCAGCGGGAAUGCUGGCCGGAUUUGUAACAACAUUAUCAUUAGCUAAAAAGAAAAGCCCUGAGUGGUUCAAUAAGGGCACUAUGGCCACGGCUGCCUUACCAGAGAGUGGGUCGUCCCUUGCUCUGCGAGCCCUGGGCUGGGGAUCUCUUUAUGCCUGGUGUGGGGUCGGCGUGAUCAGCUUUGCAGUCUGGAAAGCUUUAGGGGUUCACAGUAUGAAGGACUUUCGAAGUAAGAUGCAAUCCAUAUUUCCAACGAUUCCCAAGAACUCCGAGUCAGCUGUUAAGUGGGAGGAAGUACUGGAGUCUAAGUGAGAUGGGUGUGGACAGCUCCCUGAGAAUCGCGGCAGGCAUGGCAGCUUUGGAAACCCCCAUCGGAACAGGACUGGGUGACUUCUCUCUAGGAACACGUGCAGAUGGCCGGCGAACCCACGGCCACAGCCAUAGCCAUCUGCCCAUGGUGCAGGGAAGGAAUGUUUUCCUAAAGCUAAGACAACUAUUUAAUUACUGAGACGUUCCCCUUGAGGAGGGGUCCCAGAGGAAAUAUUUCUGUUUAGAACAAUAAACCAUGUUUCAUAUUUGCAAAACCAGUAAGCUAGAACAUUUUUGUAAAGGCUGGAGAGCUGACUGUGAUUAGAGCACACAGUGCACCUGCAGAGGAUCCCAGGGCAUUUCCCCACCACCACUCUGGGUGACUCAAACCCACCUGAGCUGCGGCUCCAGGGCAUCUAAUGUCCUCUUCUGAAUUCUGUGGGCACCUGACUAAACCUGUGAACACACCCAUAUGCGUACACAAUUAAAAACUAAAGCUAAAUAUUUUUAGGAACUCAGUAGGUUGUGUGUACACACCUGUGUACAUGUGUAACAAUAGUGAAGAAGUUGUGGAUUUAAAGUGAGCAAGGGCGGACAAUGAAGGAGUGGAGUGGGGAGAGGAGGGCUGAAAAUGAUGCAAGCAGUUCCCAUAUGUGAAAUUCUCAAAAGAAAACUCUUAAUAAGAAAAAAGUCAUGACAGACAGACUCCUAACAGCAGUACAGACCUGAGUAUAUCUAAUUGAAUGAAUUUUCAAAGCCUAUCUUAUCUCAGAUGACUAAGAACUUGGGAAGUGUGUUCCUAUUGACCAAUCUCCAAGACAGUGAACCCAGUACUGGAAACGGGUGCAGCUUGUCCUGAACACAGUCUGAUUCGACUUGGUACACGGCUGAGGGCCUCCCUCGAAGGACUUGUAGAUCCUUGCACAUGGGACAACACACCAGCAACAGAGGAUGGUGACCCAGACAGGAACACUUGUGCAGAAGUGGUAAUGACAACAUCACGGCUGUAGAAUGCACUUUGUUGUGAAACUGGUUCUGAGUCCCUGUACUCUGACUGACGUCUGUAAUGUCAUCCCAGUGGUGAAAGGAAAUAGAGCAGAAUUGCUGCCUAUCUGAAACCAUGGUAGCCAGAAAGUCACCUGGGCACUGGGGCCAAUUAUUUUCCUUUCUAUCUUUUCUUUCUUUCUUUCUUUCUUUCUUUCUUUCUUUCUUUCUUUCUUUCUUUCUUCCUUCCUUCCUUCCUUCCUUCCUUCCUUCCUUCCUUCCUUCCUUCCUUCCUUUCUUCUUUCAUUUCUUAGAUUUAUUUAUUUAUUAUGUAUACAACAUUCUGCCUUCAUGUAUGCCUACAGGCCAGAAGAGUGCACUAGAUCUCCUUAUAGAUGGCUGUGAGCCACCAUGUAGUUGCUAGAAAUUGAACUCAGGACCUCUGGAAGAGCAGUCAGUGCUCUUAACCUCUGAGCCAUCUCUCCAGCCUUUGAUGCCUCCUCUUAAUGAAGUUAAUUCUUAAGAAUCCAACCCCUUGUGUGCUUGCUCUGUGAUCCCUUACAGAAAGCUGAUGGGAAGUGAUUGUGCACAUAGUUAAGGAGGAAAAACUCGAGUAUGUCAAUAUGUCUAGAGAAACCCUCUGGCUGAAUGUCAGGAGUGUAGUUCCUUUAGAAUUACCUGGGUCCUAAUUAGUCAGCAACCGUGUUCCAUAAAGUGCAUUCAAAAUCUGCUACAGUGAAACCUUUUAGUUCUAAAGGAACUCUUUAAAUGAAAUGUCAAGUGCAUAAUGUAACAUUUUUCUCUAGACCACAUUGCCCUGUUAAAAUUGCUGUAUUGUUAAUUAAACAGGUGUAAUCGGUG